AUGUCAGGUUCCUCGACACCAGGAAAGAUUAUACCGUCUCAGUCUAAGGUUAUGUUGUUUAAUGACAAGGAAGAUAAGACUGCUGAGGCUAGGAAAACUUAUGUAGAGCUGCAGAAAUGUACUUAUUCACAGAAGGGUCUGGGAAACACUAGGAAGAAUGAAUUUAUGGAGUGUGAUUGUUAUGAAGAGUUUAAAGAUGGGAAAAAUCACGCUUGUGAUGAACAUUCGGACUGUAUUAACAGAUUGACACUAAUAGAGUGUGUGAAUGAUCUAUGUACCUCCUGCGGGGAUGAUUGCCAGAACCAAAGAUUCCAAAAACGACAAUAUGAAGACAUUUCUAUCUUUCAAACUGAAAAGAAGGGAUAUGGUGUAAGAGCGGAGAAAGAUAUUGAAGCGAACACAUUUAUAUAUGAAUAUAUUGGUGAGGUGAUAUCUGAAGACGAAUUUCGUGAUCGUAUGGUUAGCUACGACGAGCGUGGCUACAAGCAUUUCUAUUUUAUGAUGUUGCAGGCAGGUGAGUUCAUUGAUGCGACCGAGAAGGGUUGCUUGGCAAGGUUCUGUAAUCAUUCCUGUAAUCCAAAUACCUACGUGAGUAAAUGGGAUGUGGCCGGCAAGCUUAGAAUGGGUAUUUUUGCAAAGAGGAAAAUUGUCAAGGGGGAGGAGCUCACUUUUGACUAUAAUGUUGAUAGAUAUGGUGCUACUGCGCAGCCCUGCUACUGUGGGGAGCCAAAUUGUAUUGCUUUCUUAGGUGGCAAGACGCAGACAGAUGCUGCCUCUCUGUUACCGCAAGACUACGCGGAAGCGCUAAGUGUAACGCCAGCGAUGGAGAAAAAAUGGGUUAAGAUGAAGAAGGCUAUGGGCCAAGAAAUUGAUAAAAGCAGUUCAAAUAAUGUAAAUGUGGAGUUUGUGAAUUCUUUAGAGCCGCAAGCUUGUACGCAGUACAGCGAUGUCAAUAAGGUGAUGAGUGUCCUGUUACAAACAGAUGAUCACUUCUUCUGUUCCAAAUUGCUUCAAAGGAUUCUACUUACGACUGACGAAACCAUGCAUUACCAAAUUAUAAAAUUACAUGGAUACAAGUGCUUUUCCAAGCUACUCACUGUAUUUGACAAUGAAGAAGCCACACAGUAUGAAAUUUUAACGUAUCUUUUGCAACUUCCAAAGACUACUAAAAAUGGUAUCAUAUUAUCUCAACUUGACACGAAAAUCAGGAAGUUAGCAAAUAACCCAGCAUUGAAAGAAACUGCAAACUCACUAUUAGAAAGGUGGGAUACAUUUGAGACAUACAAGCGCAUUGCCAAAAAGGACCUUAGUAAACAGGGUUCAAAUAGCAUAGGAAAGACUUUUGACUUUCGCAGAGUACGGCUACCGCUUGGAUGGGAAAUUAUCCAUGAAAACGGCAGGCCAAUGUACUACAAUGCUCAAAGGCAAUUGAAGCAGGCUGAUCCGCCAACUGAAGCUAAUUCAGCCGGUUCUGGUAGAUCAUCCACUCCAAAAUCUAACGGAGGAUAUAACGAGCGCCACUCAAAACGUCCAUUGGAUCAAGAUUCCUACGAAAAGCGUAAACGACAGCGGAUCGAAUGGGAACAGCAAGAGCUGGAAAAGAGGAAACAAGAGGAACUCCGUCAGUUAAAGGAGAAGAUGGAGGUGGAGCAAAAGAAGCAGUCUGAGCUCGAGCAGAUCAUAGCAGACGCUAACCGCCAAAAGGAGCAACAGAGGCUUGAGCGUCUGCAAAAAGAAAAAGAAGCAAUCGAAAAACGAGAAAAGCGGAAACAAACGCUUUCUGUAAACCGUAUUGAGCAUGAAUGGAAUAAGUACUUUGCGUCAUUUGUUCCAAACUUGAUUAAAUCAUACGAAAGCAAGCUGGAUCGUACUCGUUUAAAAGAAUGCGCCAGAGAAAUAGUUAAACUACUGACAACCAAGGAACUAAAGAAGGAUUCGAAGAAAAUACCACCAUCUGAAGUAACUAAAGAGAAGAAAAAGAAGGUAAACGAAUUCUGUAAAGGUUACAUGGAAAAGUUAAUGUUUAAGGUACAAAAGAAACAAACUUCAAAGUGA